AUGCCUUGCACAUCAUCGAUUGAAGCCCAAGCACAGGACAUCACGCCCAAGAAGGGUGUAACGUCCCUCACACACAUCCCUGACCCUGCCCACCUGGCAGGACUCCUCUACGCUGGCCAGAGCCACAUCCACGCCCGCGCCCAUGCUCACGAUGACCACGAGCACAUCAUCAUCAACCCCAUAGGCGACCAUGGCGUUGACCACUCUUUCCCAUCCACAGGGAUUCACACCCCCUUGACCGAGCAUGACGAUGAGGAGGCUGUCCUCAGCGACAUCGCUUCCGAGGAUGAGUCUGACCUGGAGAUCCCACCCACCACCCCAAUCAGCGAACGCCGCCACCGAAAUGCCACUUCUGUAUCCUCAGACGACUUCGAGUUCCCCAUCUUCUUGGGCCGACAAGAUGAAGAAGCUGUCUUGAGCGAUAUGCCAUCAAAGCGGGAAUCAAUGUUCGAGAUCCCACCGUCGUCGCCCAUUAGAGAGCGCCGCCACCGAAAUGCCACCUCUGUCUCGUCAGACGAUUUCGAGUUCCCCACCUUCCUUGGUCGACAAGACGAGACCAAGGUCCCCCGAUACGCUGUGCACACCAUCGAUGCACCAGUGAAUAAGGCGGUUGAGACCAAGAAGUCGGUCGACAACUCAUGCCCUAUCCUCGCCCCCAAGUGCCACCCAGUCAGCUUGUCCGGCCCCAUGAUGUCGUGGUGGCCGUCACCCGUCGAGGCCAUGGACUGUGGUUGGAUCGACGAGAGGCAACAAGCCGCUUGUAUGGAAGCAAGCCUAAUGCAGGCUUGGCUUCGCACGCCCAAGGAUAUACUAGACAACGAGUGGUCGGAAAGCUUCUAUGAAUAA